AUGGAAAUGAAGAUGGAGCAUCAUCAUCUCGCAAUCGUUGGCUUCCAGCUUCCCAUCUUCAGCUACGUGAAGUUCCAUAGUUUUCGAACCCCCAGCAAGAAACUUCCAGCAAUGAAGAUCUUUGUGUGUCUCCUGGCUGCUUUGGUUGCCACCACGUCGGCUGGCUUUAUUGGCGGCUCUGGCGGCGGUGGCGGCGGUGGUCACCAGGAGGUCAAGACCAUUCAGGUGAUUCACCAGGAGGGCGGCGGUUAUUCCGGCGGCGGUCAUGGUGGCUACUCCGGCGGCGGUCAUGGUGGCUUCUCCGGUGGUCAUCAGGAGAUCAAGACUGUGAAGGUGAUCCACCAGGAGGGUGGUCAUGGUGGUUACUCUGGCGGCGGUCAUGGAGGAUACUCUGGCGGCGGUCAUGGAGGCUAUUCCAGCGGUGGACACCAGGAGAUCAAGACCGUCAAAGUGAUCCACGAGGAGGGACACGCUCUCGGAGGCGGCGGCGGUUAUGCCGGCGGUUUCUCUGGCCAUGGACAUGGACACGGCGGCCACCAGGAGGUGAAGACCAUUAAGGUGAUCCACGAGGAGGGUCAUGGUCAUGGUCAUGGCGGUCAUGGUGGUUACUCGGGCGGCGGUCAUGGUGGUUACUCCAGCGGUGGACACCAGGAGAUCAAGACUGUCAAGGUUAUUCACCAGGAGGGAGGUCAUGGCGGUUACUCUGGCGGUCAUGGAGGCUUCUCUGGCGGCCAUGGAGGUUACUCCAGCGGUGGACACCAGGAAAUUAAGACCGUCAAGGUUAUCCACGAGGAAGGACACGCUCUUGGCGGCGGCGGCGGUUAUGCUGGUGGUUUCUCUGGCCACGGAUAUGGUGGCCACGAGGAGGUCAAGACCAUUAAGGUGAUCCAUGAGGAAGGCGGCCACAGCCAUGGUCAUGAACAUCAUGAUCAUGGACAUGGCGCCGGACACGGUGGCUUCGAGGAGGUGAAGACCAUCAAGGUGAUCCACGAGGAGGGUCAUGGUCAUGGCCAUGGUGGUGGUCAUGUUCAUGGUCCCAGCAACGAGUACCUGCCCCCUGUGGCAGCUCCUCCCUCUGGCUACCUGCCCCCAGCCUCCAGCUGGAAAUAAGCUGUGAUUCGAGCCAUACUGAUCCUUGAGUCUCUUGUUAAGUAGUUUUAAGCAUCCCUAAUUUUUUUCCAAUCCCAUCUCUUUUUUUUACU